AUGUCGUCUACCAUCAAAGGAAGCGAGUUUACGGGGGGUGCUCAACAACUUGCCGCCGUCAACGAGAAUAUGCCAAACGUUGAGGCCAAUGUCACUACGGGAGCAUCUCAAGUAUGCUACUUUGUGGAUCGGUUGCCUCGCAGUAAGUAACAGAUCUAACGAAAUUUUCCAAGUUACGUCUAACGAUCUGACUAGAUGUCCGCAACAACAUAUACCGGAUGUUCUUCCGCGUCAGACACGCCAUUGUUCCAUUUCGGAGCCCUAUGUACGACGGAAUGAGUUAUUUCAGUAUUGAGAGACGACUUGCGUUUUGUUCCACCGACAAUCGAGAAUACUACGAAUGUCCUGUCGAAGAGAUGGUUCCACGCGAUGGUUUGGGCUUGUUGACUUGCUGCAAGAAAGUUUCCGAGGAGGCUUGCGCGAUACUUUAUGGAGAGAACUAUUUUGUUUUUCAUGUCAAUGGGAAUUCCAACUUUGCUCUGGGAGGCUUCUACGAUAUAGCUUCCUCUCAAACGGGUGGGAGCGAGGCCUCCAUUAACCACGAGAUGGCCCGCUCGCUCUACUACUACAUAUUCCACAGAGGAAUUCGUCAAAAGUCGCUGAUCUUCGAAGACUCUACGAUCCCACAGUUUUUCCGACAAAUUGGCAUUAAGAACACCUCGUCGAUCACGAAAGUUGGAGUACGGGCAUAUUUUAUUGACUACCAAUUGGGAUUUGAGGAGGUAUUGAAGGGAACCGCCAUAGUCUUGAAGCACUUGUGUCCUCGCUUAAGCCGCCUGACUCUUGAUGCGGAUGAUAUGACCAAAACGAAUGACCUACAUCGAUCAGGUCCCUUCAGAGGCCUCUCCGGAAGAGAUUUUGAGAGACUUCCUUACCACGUCGUCAACCAAGUGGAGCAUAUCGUCGGCGAAAUCUUCAGUAUAUUUGCCCAAGGAAUCCCCUCGCUUUGUGUGUUGCGCUUCCAGUGCCCGAGGUUCACGAACGACCCGAGAGAUUACAAUGUGUUGGGCUGAAGAGUGUGGUGUACUGAAGGUCAUGGAGAAUUGAUUGAUUGUUUGAGAAGCUAUUGUACAGAGUAUUUAUAAGGGAAGGAAAAAGGGGCAAAUGAGAAAGAAAGGGGUAAAUGAGAGGUGGAGCCGUAUCUCAAUACGGACGCUGUACAAAUAAUAAUACAAUAAUGAAUAAGUGGAUUCCACAUCAGGUGAUAUGGUGGAUCCAGCACAACACAAUGGCUAUCCACCUAUAUGGAAGAAAGGACUCGAGUAUGUCAAGAAGCGCCCGGAACCUUCCAAAAUCGAUGAUAGCUCUGUAAUUGUGAUGUUCCAAUUGGAGCAGGAGCACGAAUGGUUGGCGCCGAGAGUGUAG